AUGCGAUUCUCAACUGCCGUCCUCUUCGCUGGCAACGCCCUCGCUGCCGUCCAGCAAGAAUGUCUCACAAACCACAACGAGGACCUCGCCGCCUUUGCUGACUGUGCCAAUAAGGGUGCUCUCUCUUUCUGCCUCUCCAAGCUCAAGGAGACCGACGAGGCUUCCCUCAAGACCUGCUACAGCUCUGCCGGCUGCUCCGACGAGGAUGCCGCCCGUGAGGCUCACUACACAAUCGAGCGAUGCUCCGAACUCGCCAAGGCCGGCGAGCUGAAGAAGCGCUACAACGCCGCUGUCAUGCCGACCCUGAUUCCCGAGGCCGCUGGCAUCACCGAUGCUCCCAAGCCUACCGGUGAGCUCAAGCUCAAGAAGCGUGCCGACACCUCGAGAGGAGAGGCUUGCUUCGACACUUUCAGCAAGUCGACCAGCCAGUGCGAUCUUGAGACCGUUUCGGAUAAGACUCAGACUGCCACCUGCUACAGCACCGAGAUCAAGACCAGCACAUGCAAGAGCACUGUUAUCUGCACACUCGACGCUUCUGCUGAGGACCUUUGCAUGACCAAGAGGGAGAUGGACACCGCUGGUAUCAUCAUCGCCAUUGUCUUUGCCGCCUCAGCCGCUGCCAUGUUGGGUUACCUCACCUUCAUGUGCUGCCGUGACCGCAAGGAGCAGAAGCGCCUUGUCGCCAAGGCCGAGGCUGUUUCUCUUGCCCGUGCCGCCACAAAGAAGCAGCGCGCUGCUCAGCGCCAGCCUCUUGUGCGCAACGCUUCUGGUCAGUCCGCUCCCGGUGGCGGCAACCCCUUCCAGGACCGAAUCUAG